CCAACACUGAAAGAGCGACGUAGUGGCAAUUGAUGGCAGUUUGUUUUGCUAUCCAGCUACAGUAAGAACUCUCCGAUGUUGGCUAAGUUUAGCUUUACUUGCGGGUCAGCGUGUCUCCCCGACAGCAGAGAGGACAUAUAGGUCGACGAAUUUGACAGCCUGUUCAAGCACGUCGAGAAUGUCUUUCCCGACAGGACAGGGAUGAAGAUGAUAAUAUGGCGAGUUGUGGCAUUGUGGCUAUCUGUGUCACUACUAAGUUGGUUCCCUAACUGCCAUGUUGAUUGCACAGAGCCAGACCAGGAGGCCCAAAGGUCUGAGCCUCGGCAGGACAUCGAUUUGGAGGGCGAGUCAGGGGACUCUCAUCAGGAAGACGAGGCGGGUGAGAGCUUGGCUUCGCACCUCCAGUCGCACAGAAAUGAACAGUCACAAGGGGAUCAUCAAAAAGAAGAGCAGUCCACUCAGACGGUGGCCAAAGAAGAGACUCAUUCGGAGCCCCCUGAACUGGACAAGCCCAGCUUAGAGGCAACCUCAGAGAUCGUCAGUGCUAUUUCCCAGCCAAAGGAGGAACACAAGCUACACUUGGAAAUGGAAAACUUUGAUGUACCUGCUGCUCAAGAACAAGAAUCAGUUGUCCUGAUUAGGUCUUCCGAUACAGACUAUGAAUCCACAGUUGAGGGAAAUGACAAUCCUGGUAUUCCUAGCCUUCAAAAUAUCAUAACAGUCAGUGUUUUGGACGAUGCAAAUGACGAAGCUCAUUCUGACGUCCUUGACUCUGAGUUGCCUGCUGAAUGCAUGGAAGAGGCUAAUCCCUAUGAUCAUGACAGGCUUCCUCCAGUCAUUUUGGAAAACAUGUCAAACGCUCACACAACUGGUACCAAAACUCACAGUGACCCCCUGAAUGCCCAGGCUGCUCAGCAUCUGGAUGACAGCGUAUCACACCCGCUCAACGAGCAAGACUUGAAUAUUGCCGACACCGAUCCUACCGUGAACAGCAAAGACCCUGAGGACAUCCCAACGUUUGAUGAGUGGAAGCGGAAGAUGAUGGAGGUGGAGAAUGAAAAAACUCUGUCCACACAUACUUCUACUAAUGGGGGUUCCAAUGUAGUCAAGAAGAUGCAAAAAAACUUCAACAACUAUGCUUCCGUGGAGUGUGGAGCAAAAAUUCUUGGUGCUAAUCCAGAAGCUAAGAGCACUUCGGCCAUAUUGAAGGAGAAUAUGGACUUGUACAUGCUUAAUCCCUGCAGUAAUAAAAUCUGGUUCAUCAUUGAGCUCUGUGAGCCCAUUCAGGUGAAGCAGUUGGAUAUUGCCAAUUUUGAGCUCUUUUCUUCUACACCCAAAGACUUUCUCGUCUCCAUCAGCGACAGAUACCCAACCAACAAAUGGCUCAAAUUGGGAACCUUUCAUGGCCGGGACGAACGCACAGUACAGAGCUUCCCAUUGGAUGAGCAGCUUUAUGCUAAAUAUGUCAAGAUGUUCACCAAGUACAUAAAGGUUGAGCUGCUCUCUCACUUUGGCUCUGAACAUUUCUGCCCCCUCAGUCUCAUUAGAGUGUUUGGGACAAGCAUGGUGGAAGAGUAUGAAGAAAUAGCUGAGCCUUCUGAAAGAGCAGAAGAUCAGGACGAUGACUUGGAUUAUGCAUCUGGCUAUGGACCUGGUGAAGUCAAGUAUUCCAAGAAUCUGAUUGGCUCAGCUAAAGAUGUUAUUUUGAACAUGGUCAAUAAUAUUGCCGUGAAUGUUCUUGGUGGCAACUCGGAAAUGGAAGGAAACCUUUCAUCCCAGGGUGUCAUUGUGAAUGGUCCUGGUGUGAAUGAAACGAUAACUUCAACUCCCAUCACCGACCCAUCCGCCGUUACACCAUCUAGUUCAGAGUUGGAUGAGGCAACAUUGUCUCCAGACACAGAAAUCACUGAAACUGGUGCCCCGUCUUCAGCAACCGCUGUUCCAGAACUGCUUCCAGUUGAUAACAGUGACCAGCAGCCUCCGCAACUGGACAAACAAAUUGUUAUUCCUUUCGAGUCGGAGGAAGAAGAAUCUAUCAGCUCCACAAUCACACUUUUAGAUAAAGAGGAUGAAUUAGAUGGGGAGAGGGAGAAAAUGGAACACGCUGAACCACAAAAUGUAGACCUCUGUGCAUUUCUUCCAUGGUUUUCCUCUUGUUCAUGUACGAGCUCCCUUCAGGAGUAUAUGCAGCAACAAUGUCUGGCGUUGCUGUUCAAAGAAAGGAGAUGCCAAUCCGUGGACAGAAAGCAAACAGCUCCUUCCAUCCACACUCCCACUUGGCUCCCACCUUCACCCUCCUCUGCCUGUCCUGAGCCCAAGACGCAUCACAGUGAGGUACAUCAGCCUCAUGAAAAAGAACAAGCUUCUGGCGGUGAGCCAGAAAGCGGAGCCAGCACGUCAGAAGCACACCAGCCUCCAGAGAACACUCUCAUGGAAGCUCAUAAUGACUCUAUGUCCGAACCGCCUCCGCUGGAGCCCAGUCAGACAUCAAGCCUCCCCAAACCAACCACCACCGAUUCAUCCACUGCCAACCCUUCUGUUGUCGAGACUCCACAGCUUUCUUCUGAGGCUCCAGCAAAGCUGCUAAGCUCAGAGGAGACCCAAGACAUAUUGGCUGUGGACAAGCCUACAGAAGCUUCGCUACCUCCCACUAGCUCAGUCAUCAGAACUGCAGUCGACGAUGGCAAAGUGGCAGCCACAGAAGUAAAGGCCAACAUAGUGAUACGCGACUCGAUCCUAAAUCCUGAUAUGACAGGUGAGUCCCAGAUUGCUUCUCCUCAUGUACAUCAGUCCCCGGACCCAGCAGUUGUACUCGACAGCGGCACUCUUUCCACUGAGCUACCCCAGCCUGCUCCACACACAACCAUUGAACUUGAGCUCUCUAGUAGUAGUAGUGCCCCGGUCAUCACAGAUAGCAAAACCGAGGACCUCACAGAAGAUGUCUCUACCCCCGGUCUCCCUCCUUUGCCUUCGACAUCUCCCUCACCGUCCCUCUCAGACAUUUACGCAGAUCCCCCGAAUGGCACAGAACAGAACGGCAACCCGGUGCACGGCUCCAGCCAGAAGGAGUCCGUGUUCAUGCGACUCAACAACCGCAUUAAGGCCCUCGAGAUGAAUAUGUCGCUCAGCGGACGCUAUCUGGAGCAGCUCAGCCAGAGAUAUCGGAAGCAGGUGGAGGAGAUGCAGAAGGCUUUCAACAAAACCAUUAUUAAACUUCAGAACACCUCCAGAAUUGCAGAGGAGCAAGACCAGCGUCAGACAGAGUCCAUUCAGUUGCUGCAAGGUCAGCUGGAGAACAUUACUCAGAUGGUCCUAAACCUGUCCAUUCAGGUCAGCCAGCUGCAGAACGAGGUCUCAGACAGGCACAACUACCUUCUGCUGUGCCUGCUGCUGAGUUUGUGUUUCGGCCUGGCGCUCUUUGCCAACCGCUACCGCAUCUCCGUCACGCCUCCGAAUGCAGAGCCAGAGCCACCCGCAGUAAACAGCUACAGCUACUGCUAUCCCGAGAGGAAUUUCACGUCCGGUGAUGACUGUAGUUUGAAGAGGAGUGCAUCCUACCCACCAAUCCACUCAUUCCAGUUUGUGCCAAGUCAAGGUACCGGUCUCGAAAGUCUUCAUCCCGAGGAGAGUCAAGCGAGCAGAAAGAAAAGACCACGUAAAAUGAAACCCAUUGAGAAAGUGCAAACUUUGACGUCCUUUCAUGCUUCUCCAAUGGCAUGCAACGGAGCUGCCGUUUGGAGCAGCGUGCCUGUCCCAACAAACCCGACGGCCAUGACAAGGAGGCUGCUUCUACCCGCCUUCAGAGACUCUCCAUCCGAGGGAAGCUCGGAGACAUCGUCCCAUUCAGACGAUCCCACAUUCUGUGGAAUCACCGCCCCCUGCUCUCGGAUAUGCCAAGGUGUGUCGCUGCCUGAAACCCGGGCAGAGAAAAGGGCGUUAAGACGCAGGCGUCCGAAGCCCACUUGUGCCGUAGUGGACUUCCUUCAGGCACCACACGGAGACAAAAGCAAUACCUUAUCCAUCUCGGCCACACAGGACCUCAUGAAUAUGAACUCAAAGCAAACCUCUGGUACCUUUGGGCUGAAUAUCCCUCGCUCAGGUCCCGUCUAAGGAAUAUGGACAAAAGACUGCAAGUUUGCACUUAGGACUGACGUUAGUUUCUGUAGAAACAACAGGGCUGUUCAAUCACUUGUACAGGUUUCUUUGUCACAAUAUGGCAUUCAUAUAUGUUGAUUGUAGUUCCAGUUUCAGUAUUUCUUUUAAGAGAAGAGACAGGUAUGAAGAAUAUGCAAAGUGUGGGAUUGAGUGGUAUCUAUUUGCGAACUCAAACCAACCAAAGAGAGAUAUUUAUACAGUGAAGAUGAUUCUUCCCUCCUGUGAAAACAAGCCAUGGUACUUAUGAGGUAAUAUGAUUGUCGAUGACAUUUCAAGAAGCCACGUUUCUCACAUUUCUAGUUAUCGAAUGCUGCAGAUUCAUUCAUUGUAAAAAGCAAAUGUGACAUUAAUUUACACCCUCAGUGAUGUACAAUCCACUGUAAAACAAUUUGACAGUAAUGGAAUAGUUACAUAGAUAAAAAAUAAUAAAUGAUAAACAACUAAUAAAUAG